ACAACCACUAAACAAAAUCACGAUCAAUUUUGUUUUAUUCCCUUCUGAUGGCUUCAACACUUGAGAGUGGUUAGAAGUUGAACUUUCUGUUAAUUAAAUUGUUAUUUCAUAUAGACAUUCCCGUCGUGGAAGUUUGCCAGACGAAGGGCUACUUGUGGGGAUCGGCGAGUACAUGACAUACAACAUAGCGACUGCCGUGAUGGACGUGAUGGAUGCGUGUCGCUGCUGCUUGCGGUGUCCGCCGGACAAGGACCUGACGACGCCGUACAUACAUCUCGACAGAACGGAGAUAUAUGCCGACAUGAUUAAAGAGUGCUUUAAUAUACAUCUGGUAGUGGGCGGCGCGGGCUCAUGUGGCAUCUGCUCGGCUUGCGUGGGCCGCCUGCGAGACGCGAGCGACUUCAAGCUGCAAGUGCAAAGCAGCCAGUUGCUUCUGCAGGAGACACUGCUUGUUAAAGAGGAGCCUGCGGUCAAGGGUGAGCUGGCUGAUGAUGCAGAUGAAGACCCUGGGUCUGAUGUGUUAUAUGAAGUGCCCGUGAAGUUGGAGUUGGGGAUGCUGGGUGAAGAUGGGACGGGAGGAGUGUUGGAUGAAGACCCACUUAUAAAGUCGGAGGCGUGUGAUGCGCCGAGUGACCCGUCGGCGGCGGUGAUGGCGGAGCCGGCGCCCACAUCCGCAUGCAAGCCUACGCACAGUGGAGAAAAACUAUACGCUUGCGAAGACUGUGGCAAACAUUUUAGAAAUAAGUAUACUUUAAGAAAACACAUACAACACACUCAUUUAUCGUCCGGACCGGAACAUCAAAGACAUAAUAGUAAGAAACUGUAUAAGUGUAGCCAUUGCGAUUACAACUCCAUUCGGAAAUCAAAUUUACUUGCUCACGAGAGGAGACACACCGGGGACAAACCAUAUACAUGUAGUUACUGUGAUUUUAAAUGCAGUCAUAAAUCGACCAUACGAAAACAUCUAAUGACGCAUACAAACGAACCAAAGAAAUUUAAAUGUAUCGAUUGUAACUACGAGUGUAGCCAGAAAGGACACCUAAUAAGGCAUCAAAUGAUACACACUGGUGAAAAGCCUUUUUCAUGUAGCCACUGUGAUUUCAAGUGCAGUGAUAAGUCAAGUUUAAAAAAACACCAAAUGAUUCAUACUGGGGCGAAGCCAUUUAAAUGUAGCGAUUGUGGCUACGAGUGUAGGCAGAAAUCGAACCUACACAGACAUCAGUUAAAACAUGUUGAGAAGCCUUUAAUGUAGUUACGUGAUUACAAAUGCAAUACAAACACAUCAAAUGGUAGUCAGUUAUUGUGACUACGAGUAAGUAGAAGGAAAACCUACUUAGAUACGUCGAUACACACUUGUGAAAAGCCUUAUUCAUGUAGCUACUGUCAUUACACACGCUGAUAAUAUUCUAUAGUAUGUCAAAGGACUGUCUCAUUUCAAACAUAGACAGAGAGAAUCAUACUAUCUUUGUCUUACACUAGUACUAGCACCCAAAAGAAAAGGAUGAGUAUAGAUUUCUUUUUGUUCUUAUUUACUGCCAAUUUGGUUUGACCAACUAUAGAAGCCUAUGCCAGUAAUCCGGAAACGGAGCAAUUUGUAUUUUUUUUUUACUCCAAGGUUUCUAUGUUUUUAUACGUAAGUUCCACCAUGUUUACAGAUUUUUUUAUAAAUACAUAUAAUAAAG